GCUUCUGCGAUUCUGGUAUGUUCUUUGCAGAUCCGGCGUUUCGAGGGACGGACAGCGAUCCCGACGGGACGGCUAAUGCCAUCUGGCGCUUCCCUGAUUACGAAUCGACAGGAAUGUCGGGGCCGAGCGAGGUUUUCGUGAACGCCACUGGACGGCCGGAUGGCUCGGUUAUCGAUGCGGAAGGCUGCCUUUGGAACGCGGAGUUUGGCGGCGGCA